GAACGUAACUUGACACUGUUCCGUUUCUUGUGCGGAAAACGCCGAAGACGAGAAAGCAGUGAAGCAGGGGGUCGUACACCCACCGUGGAGGACUUUUCUGCUCCGUAUCCGCGUUUGGCUGAGGUGAACUAUUUGAGCCUGCCUUGUGACAUCCACCUCUGCGCGAAGGGAAAGGAGAACAGACCUGAAUGGACGCGGACGCGGAUCAGUAACGUUGCACCGAAUAUUCUAUUGAAGAUGGUAUCACCAAAGAGCAUAAGUAAUAGGUAGCUUCGUUCCAGCGAUAGGGGAUCAACAACGUGUUGAGUGGACAGCAAGGAGCCUAGAGACGCCACAACCGCCGUGUGAACAAGCUUGUCGGAUGCUGGCUACGUGACACAGCAGUCCAAACCUGUGAAACGAUGGAGACCAGAAUGGGCUCAUCCGGAGCACUGAUCAGGAAAUCACCUGCGGUGUUCCAUCCCAACCAAUGGAACGCAUCUGUGGACGACCAAGGAGGGAAGGAGCUGGUGCAGCAGUGACGUUUCUGACACCACAUGACAGCAAAAGAUAGAUCACGUUGGUGAACGAGAGUCAGUGUCUCUUGUCUGUGACCACGGCCACAGUUAUGUAAGAUAACUGGCAGUGCACAGGUCCUGACAAUCACACUGUGGUCAUACUGGACUGUGGCGGGGAAACAUGCUUGUGCAUCAGAAAAUCGUGCAGAGGAUGUUUUCCUGAGCAUCCUUGCUGUCCAGGCUUCCCCUGCAGGACCAAAAGGGCUGUUUUUUUUUUAAAGAAACUAAGUGAGGAAAGAGUUCCCAAUGGCGCGGAACCGAACCUUUUCUGAGCCAGAGUACUCUGCCGAGUAUUCGGCGGACUGUUCGGUGACACUGCCCUCUGACCCCGGCCAGGCAGUGGGGCGAACGCAUGAGAUCACGGUCCGGAGCUCAGGAUGCUGCCUCUGCCUGCCGCGGUUCAUGCGCCUCACCUUUGCACCCGAGUCCUUGGAAAACCUGUACCAGACCUACUUCAGACGACAAAGACACGAGACCCUGCUGGUUCUUGUGGUCUUCGCAGCCCUCUUUGACAGCUACAUCAUUGUCAUGUGUGCAGUGGUCUUCACCACUGACAAACUGGCUUCUGUCUUGGUAGCAUCAGUUGGACUGGCAGCCGAUGUCGUCCUCUACCUGCUCUGCCGCUUCAGCCUGCUGCCAGACCGCGUCUCCAGACGGGUGGUGCCCUAUGCCCUGUGGGUGCUAAUAGCAGCCCAGAUAUUCUGCUACCUGGGUCUGAACUAUGCCCGCUUCCACCAGGCCAGUGACACAGUGGGGUGGCAGGCUUUCUUCAGCUUCUCCUUUUUUCUGACUCUGCCUUUAAGACUGACACCCAUUGUGCUCAUCACUACUGUGUCCUGUGCGGUCCACACCCUGGUUCUGGGGGUCACCAUUGCCCAGCAGCAGCAGGAGGACAUUCAGGGAGCAGCACUUGGCAGAAAGCUGCUGGCCAACAUUGUGAUCUACGUUUGUGCCAUUACCGUUGGUGUCAUGUCAUAUUACAUGGCUGACCGGAAGCAUCGCAAGGCCUUUUUGGAGGCAAGACAGUCCCUGGAAGUCAAACUCAACCUGGAGGAACAAAGCCAGCAGCAGGAACGUUUGCUGCUCUCCAUCCUCCCAAAGCACAUCGCUGAUGAGAUGCUUCAGGACAUGAAGAAGGAGCCCAGUCAAAAAGAGAUGCAGCAGUUCAACACCAUGUACAUGUACAGACAUGAAAAUGUCAGUAUUUUAUUUGCAGACAUUGUGGGCUUUACCCAGCUGUCGUCCUCCUGCAGUGCCCAGGAGUUGGUCAAACUGCUCAAUGAGCUGUUUGCUCGCUUUGACAAGCUGGCUGCAAAAUAUCACCAGCUAAGGAUAAAGAUCCUAGGUGACUGCUACUACUGUAUAUGUGGGCUGCCAGACUACAGGGAGGACCACGCUGCCUGCUCCAUCAUGAUGGGCUUGGCUAUGGUGGACGCCAUUUCGUAUGUGAGGGAGAAAACCCAGACAGAUGUUGACAUGCGGGUUGGAGUGCACAGCGGUACAGUCCUGGGUGGAGUGCUGGGUCAGAAGCGCUGGCAGUAUGAUGUCUGGUCCACUGACGUCACUGUGGCCAACAAGAUGGAGGCUGGAGGAAUACCGGGCCGAGUCCACAUCUCGCAGAGCACCAUGGAGUGUCUCCAUGGUGAGUUUGAAGUGGAGCCGGGCAAUGGAGGGGACCGGUGUGACUACCUGAGGGAGCGCGGCAUUGAGACCUACCUGGUGGUGGUUCCUAAAGCGUCCAUGAGGAAGAAUGGCAUCAACGGAGUAAAGCUCUCUGUAACCUCGUCCAAUGGUAGCUCUCCGCUGCUAGUCAACACCACUGAGUUUAACGGUAACAUCAACACCGCCUGCACUACACCGGAGGAUCCAGAGGAGCUGGAUACAAGGGUGGUCAAUCCCUCUUUCCCAAACCCACGGAGGAGGCUACGGCUACGCGACCUGGCUGAGCGGGUGAUUGAUGCUCAGGAGAAUGAACAGGAGCUCAACAAACUUCUCAACGAGGCUCUGUUGGAGAGAGAGACUGUCCAGGCUUUGAAGGGGAAGUACACCAACAGGCUGUCCCUGAGGUUUGUGGAUCCAGAUCUGGAGACCCGUUACUCGGUGGAGAAGGAGAAACAGAGUGGAGCUGCAUUCUGCUGCUCCUGUGUUGUGCUGCUCUUCACAGCAGUGAUGGAGGCUCUUAUAGACCCCUGGUUGAUUGCAAACUAUUUCACUUUUGCAGUGGGAGAGGUCUUGCUCCUCGUUCUGACUGUCUGUUCCCUGGCUGCCAUAUUUCCUAGAGUCUUUCCCAAGAAGCUGGUGUCCUUUUCCACCUGGAUCGAUCACACCCGCUGGGCUCGUAACACCUGGGCUAUGGCGGCCAUCUUCAUCCUCAUUCUGGCUGAUAUCCUGGAUAUGUUGAGUUGUUCACUUCUGGUCCGAGACUCAAGCACCACCACAGCAGCUCCCUCUUCCUCUUCUUCCUCCACUAAGUGGUCUGGUUGCAUGGAGAAUCCUAAAUACUACAGCUACAUCGCUGUGCUGGCUCUGAUGGCCACCACCAUGCUGGUUCAGGUUAGUCACAUGGUCAAGCUCACGCUCAUGUUGGUGAUCACUGUGGCCACUGGCAUCGUGAACAUCUACAGCUGGAGGGAGAUUUUUGACCACUACGACAUGGCACGCUUCCAGAACUACAGUGUUGUUCUUUGCAGGUCGUAUCUGGUGCCAUCCAAGUUCACAAUGACAAUUAUGAUCUUCAUUAUGAUGACCAGCUUCUAUUAUUUCUCCCGACACGUGGAGAAGCUUGCCCGCACCCUGUUCCUGUGGAAACUUGAGGUCCACGAGCAGAAGGAGAAAGUAUAUGAGAUGAGGCGCUGGAAUGAAGCACUGGUGACCAACAUGCUCCCUGAACACGUGGCACGACAUUUCCUAGGCUCCAAAAAAAGGGAUGAGGAACUGUACAGUCAAUCCUACGAUGAGAUCGGAGUCAUGUUUGCUUCAAUACCCAACUUCUCUGACUUUUACACAGAGGAGAGUAUUAACAAUGGAGGAAUUGAAUGCUUACGUUUCCUCAAUGAGAUCAUCUCUGACUUUGACAGUUUGCUUGAUGAGCCUCAGUUCCGUUGCAUCACAAAAAUCAAGACCAUAGGCAGCACCUACAUGGCAGCAUCUGGUGUCACCCCAGACGUCAACAACGGAUACACCUGCAUCAAGAAGGAAGAUCAGUCCGACAAAGAGCGGUGGCAGCACCUGGCAGACCUGGCAGACUUUGCUCUGGCCAUGAAGGUCACACUCAUGAAUAUUAACUACCAGUCAUUUAACAACUUCAUGCUACGCAUUGGUCUGAAUAAAGGUGGUGUAUUAGCAGGAGUGAUUGGUGCUAGAAAACCCCACUUUGAUAUAUGGGGCAACACUGUGAAUGUGGCCAGUCGCAUGGAGUCUACCGGGGUUAUGGGAAACGUUCAGGUGGUGGAGGACUGCUACAACAUCCUGAAGGAGUACAGCUUCCGCUUUGUGAGGAGAGGGCCCAUCUUUGUGAAGGGGAAGGGGGAGCUGCUCACAUACUUUCUGAAGGGGAGAGACAAACAGGGCUCAUUCAUUAACGGCUCCUCUGUCACUCUGCCACACCAGGUGGUGGACAACUAAGGACCAUGCAAGUGCCUCCUUGUACUUGCAUUGAAGUGAGGACCUCCACUGACAUAAUGCCUUCCCUAGCCCCUUACCCUAACCCUAACCAUCAAAACUAAAGGCAGACAUCUAACCCUUGCCCUAAUUCUAACCAAGUAUAUUCUAACCUCAGCCCUAAAAUCACAUCUUAACCCUCAAACAGGCCUCCAAAAAGUGAGGAUUGGCCAAAAUGUCCCCACUUUGUCAAAAUGUCCUCACUUUUUAGGUUAUAACUGAUACAAGUACAAGCACACACACACACACACAGACACACACUGGACUGUUUCCAUUAGAGUGAAAUGUCCAGAGUUUGUCCAUCACACAUCAAGGUGUUCUUGUAAAUCAGAUACUCACUGAGCACUAAGUGACGGUAUUACAUUGCCUUGUAGAAUUUGAGGACACAUCCUGAGUUCUAAAUUUAAAACCGGAUGUGACUACUUGCACGUGUUCUGUCUUCAUAUUCUGGCGAAACCUCCACACACUUACUUGGUGUCUGUUGUUGGUUGUAGCAGGUCAGUGUGAUGCUUGUGUGGGAAUAGCUACGUAGGUAGGUUUUCCCUUCCGCGUGUAGCUCAAAGAUGAAACGACCUGCAGACUAGAGGCAGGUGAGAUGCUUCACCCAGGACAAGUAGAAAUCAGUUAAACCACUGGCUUUCUGUUGCAUGCGUAGAAGCAGACACAACAUAAAUAAAGACCUUAAUUCUGGUGAAACAUUGUGUAAUUUGUGAAGAAUCCAGUCAUGAACUUGAUUUUAACUUGAACCACAGUGUUUUUCUUACUGCGGUACAGUGGAGAAGUGUGGUCACCACGUCUGGACAGAACAGCCUUUUGUACAUUAGUAACUCUUUGAUUCAAACAAACCUUUUGAAAAACAUUUUCUACAGUUGACAUUGCUAAAAUUUACUUUCAUUUCUUUAAGAGUGUUUCAACAUGAAAGAGGACUAAUUCAUACUUUCCAUAUAUACACACACAGGGUUUAGUGACAUCUCCAAAUCUUAAGGCUGGGUUUGUCAUCACAUUAAUCAAUGGUAAUUUAAUCUGACCUAAUAUUCUGUCUGUGGCCUGAGAGUGGCUCCUUCCUCUGCUGAUUAUAAACCCAUUAGUGUCUCUGUAAAAUUGGAUUAAAGUGCAAUAGUGUCUUCAACAAGCGUGACAAAGUCCUCUUUUAAUUGCUUCCCCUUUAAUUUCUGUUUGUAUGAUGUAAUGUUUUAUUUUAGGGGUGUUCCUUCUUGUACCUGUACAUACAUAGAAGUUAGACUGUGUUACUGUUCAGAUUGGUUUUGUUAUUUCUAACAUGGAUGUGAAAGUGCGAAUUAUAAAUUAUGGUUUCAGAUGUGAGGCUACCACAGUGAUCAGAAUUACUCUGAUUUGUACUUUAAAAGAAACUCAGGCUUGAGUUAGCACUUUGUUUAAGUGCUGUUAAACUCUGUUUGUGAUUCUAGUUUAGUUGCAGUUUUGUGCUACCACAACAGUAAAUGCUGUCCUGAAGCCAACGCUACCAAGGCAACAAUAAGUAAAACUCUUUCAAUCCACUGGCUCUAGUUAUUAUUGCUGUUCAGAUUUUGAUUCCAAGGUUUUGUUUGUCAGGUUUCAUAUAUUUACUUACAAACCCGCGAGGUCUACUUCUUUGUUCUGUGCACACUUCAUCUCCAUUUUAUUUCUGUGGACCCUCUUAUCUAAGGCAAGUUGAAUAAACUGAUCUGAUAAAGACAAA